ACCGCCCUUCUCCAGCCGCGCUCCACCGCCUGCCUCCCUGGACCAGCCGGGUCCAGCUCCGGCCGCGGCCACCCCGGCGGAUCUCCCGGACCCGGGUGCCGUUCCCAGCUGGGCUGGGCAGCGAAGGGAAAGCUCCGAGCGGUGCUGGAAGGGAAAGGGGCAACGCGAAGCGAGCUCAGGCGAGAGAGGCAGGGAGAGCCUCCGUCUCGGCAGCAAUGAGGGAGAAGCUGUUUAGUCAUCUCUCUAUAUAUACUUUCACAAUGAUGAUCACAUUUACUGAUUGCUUCUGACUGCAUUUAGAGAGGGAGUCAAGAGGCAGGCAGCACAGUUCACCUUUUAUCCUGAGGAGUGACUGCUCCCCCUUCCUUCCCGUUCCCCACAUUCAGCCCUACUUUUGGGCGCCGAGUGUCUUUUCUUGCCAGAUGGAACUGGUCUGACUCCCAGCAGGUCCCAGGAACAUCCCAAGCCUCAUCUCCAGUAACACGGCCUGGGCUCAUCAUGGCAGCAGGAGUAGCAGCGUGGUUGCCCUUCGCCAGGGCAGCUGCCAUAGGAUGGAUGCCAGUGGCCAACUGUCCCAUGCCACUGGCUCCAACGGAGAAAAAUAAGAGGCAAGAUGAGCUGAUCAUCCUCAAUGUGAGUGGCAGGCGCUUCCAGACCUGGAGGACUACACUGGAGAGGUACCCGGACACUCUCCUGGGCAGCACAGAGAAGGAGUUCUUCUUCAACGAAGACACCAAGGAAUACUUCUUUGACCGGGACCCCGAGGUCUUCAGGUGCAUCCUCAAUUUUUAUAGAACUGGCAAGCUGCACUACCCCAGGUACGAGUGCAUCUCUGCUUACGACGAAGAGCUCGCCUUCUACGGGAUCCUCCCUGAAAUCAUCGGGGACUGCUGCUACGAAGAGUACAAGGACAGGAAGCGGGAGAACGCAGAGCGGCUGAUGGAUGACAACGACUCCGAGAACAACCAGGAGGGCUCCAUGCCCUCGCUGAGCUUCCGGCAGACCAUGUGGCGAGCCUUCGAGAACCCCCACACCAGCACCUUAGCCUUAGUCUUUUACUACGUCACCGGGUUCUUUAUCGCCGUCUCUGUGAUCACCAACGUCGUGGAAACCGUGCCCUGCGGCACUGUGCCGGGGAACAAGGAGCUGCCCUGUGGGGAGCGCUACGCGGUGGCUUUCUUUUGCCUGGACACGGCGUGCGUGAUGAUCUUCACCGUCGAGUACCUGUUGAGACUCUUUGCGGCGCCGAGCCGCUACCGCUUCAUCCGCAGCGUGAUGAGCAUCAUCGACGUGGUGGCCAUCAUGCCCUACUACAUUGGCCUGGUGAUGACCAACAACGAGGACGUCAGUGGAGCCUUUGUCACACUAAGGGUUUUUAGGGUUUUCAGGAUUUUCAAGUUCUCUCGCCAUUCCCAAGGCCUGAGAAUCUUGGGCUACACUUUGAAGAGCUGUGCCUCCGAGCUUGGCUUUCUCCUCUUUUCCCUCACUAUGGCAAUCAUCAUCUUUGCAACUGUGAUGUUUUAUGCAGAGAAAGGGUCCUCGGCAAGCAAAUUCACCAGUAUUCCUGCUUCCUUUUGGUACACUAUUGUAACCAUGACAACACUGGGUUAUGGUGACAUGGUGCCCAAGACGAUUGCUGGGAAGAUCUUUGGCUCCAUCUGCUCGCUGAGCGGGGUGCUGGUCAUCGCCCUGCCCGUGCCGGUCAUCGUGUCCAACUUCAGCCGCAUCUACCACCAGAACCAGCGGGCAGACAAGCGCAGGGCACAGAAGAAGGCGCGCCUGGCGCGGAUCCGCGUGGCCAAGACGGGCAGCUCCAACGCGUACCUGCACAGCAAACGCAACGGGCUCCUCAACGAGGCCCUGGAGCUCACGGGAUCCACCGAAGAGGAACAGCACAUGACUAAAGGCACCUCCUUAAUCGAAAGCCAACACCACCAUCUGCUGCACUGCCUGGAAAAAACAACCGGAUUGUCCUAUCUUGUGGAUGAUCCCCUGUUAUCUGUACGAACUUCCACCAUCAAGAACCACGAGUUCAUCGACGAGCAGCUGUUUGAGCAGAACUGCAUGGAGAGCUCAAUGCAGAACUACCCCUCGUCCCGGAGCCCCUCCCUGUCCAGCCACCACGGGCUGACCACGUCCUGCUGCUCCCGGCGCAACAAGAAGACCACGCACCUGCCCAACUCCAGCGUCCCGGCCACGCGCCUGCGGAGCAUGCAGGAGCUCAGCACCAUCCACAUCCAGUGCAGCGAGCAGCCCUCCCUCACCACCAGUCGUUCCAGCCUCAACAUGAAAUCAGACGAUGGGCUGAGACCGAACUGCAAAGCUGCCCAGAUCACCACAGCCAUCAUCAGCAUCCCCACGCCGCCGGCGCUGACGCCCGAGGGCGAGAGCAGACCCGGCCCGGGCAGCCCCGGCCACGCCACGAACAUUCCCAGCUCGGCCACCACCAACAUCGUCAAGGUCUCCGCCCUGUAAGGCGCGUCCUGCGCGGAAGGGCCGGGGGGAGCCCGGAGCCCCUCUCCCUGCUCACCUCCACGCCCCCUCCUUGCUGCCGGGACGGACCGAGCCGGCGUUUGUCACCGAGGGGCCCGAGCGGGGCAGCUUCUCCAGACACGGACUGAGGCACGAGUGGGAGAGGGAGGAAGGGGCUGGAUGGAGGGAAAACCUGCGUGGAGAGCGACUUGUGCCGUGGCACGGGGCAAAAAGCAGCUGCAGAGGCUGGAGGAAGGAAUCAUCAUGGCAACCAGAGAGUCACUGAAGCAAAUGGAAAUAUAACACUGUGUAUCGCAGCACCUUUUUAAAGGUUUUUAAUGGAUAAUAUUUAUUCAUGAGGAAAUGACUGAAAAGGUGAAAAACAAUGGAUUUUGUGAUUUUUUUUUUUUUUCUUCAUGGAGCAGAACCUUUAAACCAACCAAAAUUUCACUUUUUUUUUUUCUUUUAUAGGAAAAAUUUAGACAAAAGAAGCCACCUGUCACAGCAGUUCCCCCAUCGCUCUGUGUGUGUGUGUGUGAGUGUGCAGAGCCACCGAACUCGAGGGCAGGGCCUUGCCAGGGUGGGUGCCCAGCAGGACCCCAGGUGUGCCAGCACCCCCUGUGCACACCCACACGCACACACACACCUCCCACCCUGGAUUUAGACUAUUUUGUAUCCACCUUUUAAGUCAAUACAGUGCAAUUGCAAACAGUGUGUUUGUCUGCUAAUUAUUGUCUGUGGAAACAUAUUUGUGGAGAAAAGCAAAAACAACAACAAAAAAAAGAGACAGGCUUUAGUAGAAUUUUAGUCCCACCUGGGUAUCUGCUUUCUAUUUUUGUUAUCACUUACUUGUAAGAGUGUGACUAGACUACAGUUCUGUAUUUUUAAAAAGGAAAAAAAAAGGUAGGAUUCUUUUUUAAUACUGUGCACACAAAUGGCAAAGAAUGAAAGCACUGAACUCGACUGCAUCAAGCGUUCCUGAGUCUAACAGAGGUUCCUUGUAAUGUAUGCCCAUGAUUUUUAAGUUUUGGUUUCUAUAUAGAAAUUUCUUUGCUAGCACUGGACGUAUAACCCAUUGUAAAUAGUAGCCAAAUAAUGUCUGGAUUUAUACUUGAUAAUAAUUAACCCCGGAGCCAAAUAUCUUGCAUGGACAGAGAGGUAUUUGGCUUUUUCACAGUCUUAGGGCUCCAGUUGUCCCAUCCAUGGCUUCUGGGCUGCAUUGAUUUUGGGGAUAGACCAGGUCAGCAAUUUCAGUUCUCCAGUCCCAGCACAGGAUCUGCUUGAGAAGGGGGAGCAGUACUGGAGUUUGGGAAACGUUUGAUAACGCUUGGUACAGACAGCGUUUCCUUUUCACAGUUCUACACUUAGCUUGGGCAAAGUCUAAUCAUGAACUAACAGAUAACCAAAAACUGAAGAACACUGUGUGGUACUGCCAGGUACCUCAUCCUGUGACUGGCACCUCGUCCAGAGACCUUCCUAGGAAUGAUUCACCGUGAGGAAAUUCAUGGGCCUGACAUAACUGAUUCCCCCCUGCCAAGAGGAACCUUUUCCUGCCGUUCUGCCUUCCUGGAGCCCCCUUUUACAGGGGGAUCCCUGAAGGGCAGAGUGAGGAACAUCCCCCGCGUUCCCUCCCACCUGUCCCACCCUGUCUGGCUGAUCCCUGUGGUCAUGGCACAAACCUCUCCAAGGCCAAUGCACUGCCCCCACCAGCCUGGAGGGAACAGGGAAAGACAUCCCAUGUCCUGUUCGGAGCAGUGAUUUUACCAACAUCAGAGUUAGAAGAAGGGCUCAAAGCGUGUUUGAGGCUGAUUCAGCAAAGGGAUGAUUUUUUUUUAACAUCUGCCAUAACCUCUCCUGAUGUAAUAUUUAUAUGCACAUAUACAUACACAUGUAACUAAUUACAGACUCAUACAUGUAUAGGUAAUUAACGCUGACUUACACAUACGAGCUGGCACCCUGCUUUGGUAGCGCUCCUGCUGCGAGUGAGUGAUGGCUGAUGCAUUAACUCAAUACCCUCCUUAGAAUCCUACAACAUCCUAGGAACAGUAGGGCUAUGGCUGAGCCUCCAGUAGCUGCACCAGCUUCUAGUCAUUUAUUCCAGUGCUGUAAUAUGUUACCCAAAAACUAUGUUUAGUCCUGUUUUAAAAGAUUAAAAUGCUCUGCCUUUUGCUGCUUCCUGUAGGAGGUUAUACUGCAGUUAAUCUGACCAUUAUUGAGUUUUUUUCUUGAUGUUUUAAUUUAAUUUUUGCUUUAAUUUCAUCAACUGUCAUCAUCUGAGCACCCCUGCCGUUCUAGAUCAGAGGCCUUGCUCUCCACCACUUGCCACCUUUGCAACCUCAUCUCCACUGGCACAGAGUGAGGGUGAAAUGCCCCCGUGCUGACAGGGGACAGGAAUAAAAAUUACAAAGAGUCAGGGAUUCCACCUGGAUUCUUGGUGCUGCCUUUCUUAUUCCUGAUUUAGUGUGGAGUGGUGAACAAAGCACUUCACAUCUCUGUAUCUGUAAAUAGCCAUCGUGGCAGCCCUUGUCCAAAGCACUAUUGGGGCUUCUAAUUGCUGGCAAACAAACUUUUUGGAAAAGAAAAUAUAACAUUCGAUUUUAAGAGUUUAAAAAAAGGAGGAAUGCCAGUUCCAGGAGUUUCUGGCUGGCUGCUUGGGCUCUGAUUGCCAAAGCAGCCACAGCCUCUGUUCCCUUCCCUAAACCAGGAAUUGUUAUCCUUGCUGAGGAACCACGGCUUGUGCCUCUGCCAUGAACUGGGCAAGUGCUGCCCCACGCUGUCAGUUCCUCAGCACAGGCUCUCAGAGGAUAAAAACACACAAAAUUAAGGAAGUCUAAGCCUAGAGGAACAGGGCUAAAAGUAUUUUUAAUGGAGGCAUUAGCUCCCUUUAUCCUCUGCAGUAGCCCAAGGAAAGCUUCCGAAAGCGCCUGGGACUGCGCUGUGGAAACCCUGGGAGCCCCCCCGGGAGGGCACUGAGCACCCACGGGAGCUGCAGGGACAGAGAUCCACCCCUGCAGGGGCUGCCAGGCAGCAACAGAGCAUCCCCAGGCUGCACAGGGGGAGAAGGACCAGUGUCCGCACAGCAGAGCAGGGAGCUGCACUACGGCCCCUCGGCCCUGACCAAAGGGAGGCACAACAGCUUCCCCAAACUUCAGAAUCCUUAAACAGCACCGAGAGCAGGCCAAGCCACUCCUGAGAAUUCCUAAGGCAGAACUUCACCUGAAGGACGUGGAUCAUUCCCUCCAGUGCUCCCAGUGCUGCCCUGCCUUACCAGCACCCCAACCCUUCCCCGGGCUCACAUACGUCCCUGGACCCCGACACUAAACCAGCACCCGGCCCUGCCCUCCCGGCCGUCCCCGGGCACCGGGCAGGGGCUGCUCCAGCUGGGGUCCCCCUGCCAGGAACAGCACCAGGAUCAGGGGCAGGCUCUGGAGAACAGCCCCAUGAGCCUGGCAGAACCUCAGUGCUGUGCUGGCACUUCAGUUCAAAGCCUUCCCCCUCCUCUCAUUCCUUACGACUUUUUAGAAUUUUAGAAAAGUUCCUUUAAAAAAGAGAUAAAAAUGGAUUCUUUGUACACAAAGCAAGUGGAAGGGCAUUAUUUUUUCAGACUUUCCUAAAGCAAUAUUAAAAAUAUCAAAGGAGCAACUCCUUUUUCUGAGCAUUUUAUUUCCUUUCCAAAGCUUUUUUUGAAGGAAAAAUAUUUUCACCGAUUUUCAGCCUCUUCUAUCAUUAGAUUUCCUCUCUUCUCACCUGGCAUUGAGCUGCUAACAGGAUUCACACCCAGCUGGCAGCAAAUGACGAAGAAUACCUUUCACACAUAGGCUUUGACAUCCAUCUACUCUUUCCAAAAUCCACCCUUUGCUUUCAUUUUCCUUAAAAAUCUUAAGGACACCCCUAAAGAAGAGGCCACAGAUAAUACAUCUUGGCACACAAAAAUUAAAGAAUUAAACAGUUGAAUCCAUCCUCCACUAGCACAAGAUCCUUCACUGUGAUAUGGCAUUGCUUUUUCUAGAUUAGACUUCAAAUUCUCCCAGGACUCCCACUGCCUCCCUGGAGAGCUCAUUCCAGAGUGACAGACUUCAAUGUCAAGGAUUUUUCCCCAGCUGUUCAGCCAUAAUUCUUUCCUUGUAUUUCCUUGUAUUUCUCUUGCUGCCAUUUAUAGUCCCUUGCACCAUUUCCCCUCCUUUCCACAUGAGAAAUAUAAAACUUUCUGCACCAAAUUCUUAUCGCAGAGACUGCUUUUAUCUAUUAAAUAAUUACCUUUGUUAAAAGUGAACAGGGGAAAAGACAACCCAAGUAACACACAUGGCUUUAGUGUGGAAUAAAGUUCGUGGAUAAUUCAAUGUAUAUCUUUAAUUGGCCAGAAAGACUAAAUUUAGUCAAUGCCACUUGUUUAACCUAAGCCUGUUGCUAAUACACCUGUACUGCAACCCAGCACUUGUCAUUCUCAUCUAGACAGCUUCAGGCAUGUGCAUGAAAAUCAGAUUAAUACCAGCUAAAGAAAGCAAAUUUCCUUCAAGAUUUUGCUUUUCUAAGUAAAGAGGUUGCAAACAUGCUGCAUCUUGCAUGUAUUGUAAAUUCAGGAAAUGAAAAAUCACAUUUAAUUUAUGUGUUGCAACAUCCCUGGGACUUCGUAGUGUUUUAUCUGUUGGACUAAGGCAGAGUUACAAAGUCAGCACUCGUGGAGGGCUGGUGAAUAUCAAUAGCUUUGAACUGCAAACUUAAUUCUGUUUUUAAAGUUAGGUGAAUAAAACACCUUUUCCACAUGAUUCACCCAUCCAGUCUAUCUCAAUUAAUUUUUUGUUUUAAAACAUACAUUUUUCUCCAACACUUGGAGCCAACUGCAGUAGAUCCAUGGGUUUAAAGCCCAAGUUUUUAGGCUUUGUGUUUGCCAAAAACUCUGCCCAUGGUGAUUUUCUCUUUCUAAAACUGUAAGAGCAAAGGGGAGGCAGUGAACAUCAGGAGCUGAGCAUCAGCAGCCUGGGUUCUGCUCCUGAUUUCCUGAGCAACCACUAAGUGACCUCAAAGAAGUCAUUUCACCUCUCUGCCAAUUCUACAGCCUGUAGAGCAAUGAGCACCUCCUCUUGCACUGAGUGGAGCUCAAUUCAUGCCACCCCAAAAUCCCACAGGGAAUUCUGGAUACAGAGCGCCAGAACUGCUCCUUCUGUUCAGGGAGCAAAACCUGUGCCAGAAAUGCUUUAGGUGGAACAAAAGACCAGGUGACAAAGAGCUUGUGAAAAUCCCUCCUCCUGUUCUCAGUCAGGUCUGUUCCUCUGUGUGUAUCCGUGUGUCCCUUCCCACUUUGGGUUAAACCAGUGCUACUCCAGAGCCUCAGCUGGGAGAAGGUCCCAACCACACCAAUGCUCUUCCCCACUGUUCAACCAGGACUGGGAGCUCCCGGGGGCUCCUCGGGCCAACCAAGUCUCUAAAAAUGGUGUGAUGGUCUAUUUUUGAUAAACCAGUAUGGCAUUCCAAUGCAAUGGUGUUUUCUUUAGGAGUUCUAUGUUAUAAGAAGCUCUCAACUUUAUUAUUUUCUAUUUUCGUACUUUAAAUGGGCUUUGCUUUACAAACAUCAGAGGACAGAUACGAAAUGUACUGGACACAACUGCAGGUAGCUUCAUUUGAGAACAACUUUCUAGAAGAACCAAGUUUCCUGUUGUCUUCUUUUGGAAUUGUAGUGCAUAUGUUGAAACUUGUAUAUCAUUUACAGUAUUGAGUCUUGUGCCACUGCUGUACCUGAUGUAUCCAAUCCGGAUUAAACAGAGUAUGUGCCACAAAUACCAA